AUGAUUAAUGACUACAUUUAUGCUUAUAUUAGCUUCUAAUUACAAUAUUUUUCACAGCCAAGUUAUCAAAAGUCAAAAAUAAUAAAUAAUAUUUUCAUUUUCAUUUUAACAUAUGGAAAGAGGGAGAGUCUGAUGAAGAAGAUAAUUUGA